UGACAAAUACUUAUCGAAUGAAAGAAGAAACAACUUCUGUCCUCAGCCUGGGUGCAGAGCAGGGCUCGGAGCAGAGCAGGGAGAAACAAGAAGGAAGCAGAGCACUUGAACCUCCACCCUGCUGGAAACAAGGAGGAUUAGAACUCAACACAAUGAUGACUAACAGGGAUUUGGGGGGCCACGCUGAUUUCACCUGGGUACUAAAAGGAAGUUUUCCUUUCUCGUUUCAGGCCAGCUGCCUAAAAGCCAUCUGGAACUGGAGAUUUCAGACGGUGAUCUUCAGAACUGCCCAACUCCUUUGCUUCAGUGCCCUAAUCUUUGAAUUAAUAAAGCAGAAAGAAGUGGCAGCGUGGACCUAUAAUUACAGCAUCAAAGCAUAUUCAUGGAAUUAUUCCCGGAUGUUCUGCCAGAAGCAUUACACGGAUUUAGUGGCCAUCCAGAAUAAAAAAGAGAUCGCUUACCUCAAUGAUGUCAUGCCUUACUUCAACUCUUACUACUGGAUUGGGAUCCGAAGGAUCAAUGAUAAAUGGACCUGGGUGGGAACCAAAAAGGUCCUCACCAAAGAGGCCGAGAACUGGGCUGACAACGAGCCCAACAACAAGAAGAACAACCAGGACUGUGUGGAGAUCUACAUCAAGAGCGUGUCGGCCCCUGGCAAGUGGAACGAUGAGCCCUGCUGGAAAAAGAAGCGGGCACUAUGCUACACAGCGUCCUGCCAGGACAUGUCCUGUAGCAAGCAAGGAGAGUGCAUUGAGACCAUCGGGAACUACACCUGCUCCUGCUUCCCCGGAUUCUAUGGACCAGAAUGUGAAUAUGUCCAAGAGUGUGGGGAAUUUGGUCUCCCCCAACAUGUGCUCAUGAACUGCAGCCACCCUCUCGGGAACUUCUCCUUCAAUUCAGAGUGCAGCUUCCACUGCGCUGAAGGGUACGAAUUGAAUGGACCCAGCAAGCUGGAAUGUUUGGCUUCCGGAACGUGGACAAAUAACCCACCGCAAUGUAUAGCUGCCCAGUGCCCACCCCUGAAGACUCCUGAGCGAGGAAGCAUGACGUGUCUUUCCUCUCCGGAAGCGCCCCAAUACCGGUCCAGCUGCCACUUUGCUUGUGAAGAGGGAUUUGCAUUAGUUGGGCCAGAGGUGGUGCAGUGCACAGCCUCGGGGGUGUGGACAGCCUCACCCCCAGGGUGUGAAGUUGUGCAGUGUCCGCUCCUGGAAGCCCCUGGCAAAGGGACCAUGGACUGUGUUCAUCCCCUCACUGCCUUUGCAUAUGGCUCCAGCUGCAGAUUUGAGUGUGAACCUGGCUAUCAAGUGAGAGGCUGGGCCACUCUCCACUGCAUUGUUUCUGGCCAGUGGACCACACCCUUGCCAGCCUGUGAGGCCAUUGCCUGUGAGCCACUGGAGAGUCCGGUCCAUGGAAGCACGGAUUGCGCCCCACUCUCGGGACCGCUUCCAUACAACACCAGCUGUAGCUUCCGUUGUGCUGAUGGCUUCAGGCUGAAAGGAGCUGACGUGGCCCAGUGUACUGACUUGGGACGGUGGACAGCGCCCGCCCCGGUCUGUGAAGCGCUGCAGUGUCAGGAUCUUCCGGCUCCAGACCAGGCCCAGGUGAACUGCUCCCACCCGUUUGGAGCCUUUCAGUACCAAUCUACCUGCACCUUCUCCUGUGACGAGGGCUUACUCCUGGUGGGAGCAGGCGAGCUGCGGUGCUUGGAUACGGGGACCUGGAGUGCUCCUCCCCCACAAUGCCAGGCCUUUACCUGCACACCUCUGCUAAGCCCUCGGAAUGGAACAAUGACCUGUGUCCGGCCUCUUGGAGAUUCCAGUUAUAAGUCCAGAUGCCAAUUCACCUGUGAUGAAGGAUUCUCUUUAUCUGGACCAGAAAUAUUGGACUGUGCUCCAUCUGGACAUUGGACAGGUCCCCCACCAACAUGUGAAGCCGUCAAGUGCCCAGAAUUAUUUGCCCCAGAGCAGGGAAGCCUGGCUUGUUCUGACACCCGCAGAGAAUUCAGUGUUGGCUACACCUGCCAUUUCUCCUGUAACAAGGGCUUUAAGCUGGAGGGAUCUAAUGAUGUUGAAUGCACAGCUUCCGGAAAAUGGACAGCACCUCCACCAACCUGCAAAGCAGGUGUGGUACCAGCUCCUCUCUCAGAGGUUCGAUGCCCAGCCCUCAUCACUCUGGAGCAGGGAACAGUGUCCUGUAGGCAUGGUCUGGGAACCUUUGGCCCGAAUACCACGUGUUACUUUGGAUGCCACGCUGGAUUCACCCUCACGGGAGGCCGUGCUCUCAGAUGCAGGCCUUCGGGACAAUGGACGGCGGGAGCUCCCACGUGCAGAGCCGUCAAGUGCUCUGAGCUGCAUGUUACCGAGCCAGGCACGAUGAACUGCUCCAACCCCUGGGAAAAUUUCAGCUACGGCUCAACCUGCAGCUUCCGUUGUCCAGAAGGCCAGUUACUUAAUGGCUCAGCAAGAACCGCAUGCCAAGAGAAUGGCCAGUGGUCAACCCCCAUGCCAACCUGCCAAGCAGGGCCGCUGACUAUCCAGGAAGCCCUGACUUACUUUGGCGGGGCGGUGGCUUCUACAAUAGGUUUGGUGACGUGUGGGACCCUCCUGGCUCUCCUAAGAAAGCGUUUCAGGCAAAAAGAAUCACCAUCACAUUGAGGCUGGUGUUCUAAAGUUCCUGCACAUACUCUCCUGUGGAUGGGUGAGUAGGACGAUAGACAAAGAAAGAGCGUCACUCUGCUUAAAGAGCUGCCACCAGUCCCUCUGUGCGACAUUUCUGUUUCUUUAACCAAAUCCAGAAGGCAGAAGCAAGAGUUCCUAAGACCUAGAACCUAUUCUCCGUAACCAUGUAGGAAUCACAUUAUUCCUGCCUUCCCUGCCCCCUCAAUUCUUUCUUUAGAUUUGAGACGUUGCCAAAGAACCCUCCAGACCAUGACGAGAGACCGGCAGCCGCCCAUCCUCCGAUAUCUUUAAUAAUAAAUAAAUCUGGGGCUCCUGGGUAGCUCCGUUGGUCAGGUCAUGAUCUUACAGUCAUGAGAUCAAGCCCUGCGCUGACAGCGUAGAGUCUGCUUGGGAUUCUUUGUCUCCCUCUUUCUCUGCCCCUCCCCUGUUUGUGUGAGUGCUCGCUCUCUCUCUCUCUCUCUCUCAAAAUAAAUAAACUUUUAAAAAUAAAAAUAAAUAAAUUCAUUUGUGAGGAUGGGCGAUUUUCCUUGACCCGUUGCAAUGUGAUUUUAACUUUAUAGGACUCUAUGGUCAAAAUAAUAGGAAAAUGCUGCGUACUCUGUUCCUCUCCUGCAAAUUCAAAAUGCACAUUCAUUAUCACAUUGAAGGCUCAAUAGUGCCCUGUAAUAAAUAUACUUGUUCCCCUUCAUUUGGCUUAGUGUUUUCUAAAUUUAUUUAGCCAUAAGAUGCUUUCCCCUUUUAUCUCUCCACGGGACGAUGGGCAGGCCGGCUGCCAUAUUUAAAGUUUCCACUCUGCGAGCCCAUUGUUUGGAUUAAGGCAGGAGGCCCUGGUCACCCAUGUUACCAGAGAAAGAAAACAGCCUUUGUUAUGUGGGUAUGGAUUUGUUUACACAAUCAGCUUCCCAACUAGUGGCUGGGGGAGUGUGGCACAGGUUGCAAUGGCAGGGGACCUCAAGUGCCAAACAAAUGGGUUUCAAGAACCAGCGAUCUCAAUGUCAACAGCAACCAAAAACAGCCGAGAGGCUGACGGCAAGGACCAGAGGACAAAGAAGAGGUUGUCACUGAAAAGCAAGAGAGGAAACAUGAGUGGAGUGUGGAUUACAUACUGUCAAAUGUUUUCAUUCAGCCCCACACGGGUCCCAAUGCACAGCUCGUUCCCAAUGCACCCCUGAUAAUGAGCCUGUGUGAAAAUCAGUAACAGACUUUCCCCAAUGACUCUUACCACUGAUGACCUUUCUUGUUCAUCUAGGGUUUUUUUUCCUUUAAACCAAUCAUUUGUGUCUUCUUGCUUA